ACAUCUCGUACAUCAGGUAAUUAAUGGUACGUAUAAGUACACAUCUCGUAUAUACAUAAGGCAAUUAAUGGUUGGUCAUACCGUACAUUGAAGAGGCUGCCCUAUACAUGUACAAUGUAUAUAGCCUCGUUCUCGGUCUGAAUAUUGAGAACGAAGCUAAUGUAAGUGUGAACACAAGAAAGCGGAGUAGAUAGAGCCAUACGUCAAUUUGUCACAACAUCAUUCACGUGCACAAAAUAGAUAAUUAUAUUCUCUUGUUGCAUUUUGAGUGGGCAGAUCAAAGGAAACACUGUGCCAAUAUCUGCCAUAUGGCACAGGUCAAGCCUUGAACUGUGCCACUAUCUAGAUACUGGCAUAGUAUGGCUGAAGUUACCUAAAGCCCACCGUCCACCCUCCACCCAGUAACCUGAAACGGUCCCUUUUAGUAUAGUAUAACACUGUUAACAGAUUCAGUGGUAGGCAGAAAACAGCCACCACAAGUUAGUUGAAACUAGUUGUCCUAUAAAAGGAGUGAUGUGUACACGGAAAGGAAUGCAACAAGGAAUGCAGUUGUUACACAGCUCACUCGUGGCGCACAUUGGCUCAGUAGGGCCUAAGUCACUACUGAGCCAAUAUAUCCCAUGUGGCACUGCAUGUGUCACAAUAGCCUCGAUUCCAGGCCGCUUGAAAAAGGCGGCCUGGUAUACCUUGUAUGCGCAUGCGUGUACAUUACCCCCCAAAAAGGGGAUAAUCUGUGUAUUUGUGGAUACUGUCAGUAAAAUAAACCGUAUAUACUAUUUGUAUUCUGAUUUUACAGUUCGUUACAUAGAAGUAUUGUGCAAAGAUGCAUGACUGAGUUCUUACGCCCUUUAUUGUAUCAAGCCAAGUCUCUACUUAACGACACCCUACACUGUAAGGCUACAGAUGUUAUAGGAAAGGCAUGAUGUGUUCCUGUGGGUCCCCUGAUGAGGCUGUGGUAAUAUAGACCAGGCAAGUGUUCUGCUACUAAAUCUUGCCUUUAUGUUUGACAAGAAGUCAUUGCUGAAGAUAAAGAAGCUAAUGAUUAUUCCUGAAAGCUUUUAAUAAGCUUUAACUCGACACUCAGGAAGUUAUUCACUCAAGAUCUACUGAUGUUAAAGAGUCCACCACUAUUCCUAGCUGGCAGCUCUAGCUGUCUGGGAGGCUUUCUUGAACUGUCUCUGAUAAACAGAGCUAGAAGAAGCAAAACUGCUGCAGCAUAAUUAUUCUACUUUGAUUAGUGUCUCUGAAAGCUGCCAUUGUGGUCACAUUGUCAUACGUAUUACUCCCUUUUGUAACUUUGUCCGGUUUUUUACAAUUUGUAUGAUGAAAUUGUUGUCAAUUAUUUCGCGCAUGCGCAUACAAGGUAUACCAUGCCGCCUUUUUCAAGCGGCCUGGAAUCGAAGCUAGUGUCACAACUAUAACAUAAUCUAGAUGACUAUAUUUACAAUCACUAUCUACAACAAAUCACAAGCUAUCUAAAACCAUAGUUACAUAAUUAUAGUACAAGUGUUAAUGUCCUUUCCAAAAUGUCUUGUGGAACAACUUCGUCCCAAUCGACUCUGGACUCCCUGUAACAUUAUCCUGGCCUUCGGAAAUGGCCCAAAAUGGAGUGACCGAGUGUGUUGGUAUAGAUCUCAUGGAUAUAUAGUGAGUAAGUCUUGUCAUCUUUGAGCUCCGGCCCGUGAUACUCCAAUCUCGGUAAUCUGACUUUUCUAAUUUGUCAGUAGACGUUACAACCCUCACAGCCACAGGUGUGUGUGGUUCAAUUAAGUCGAACAGAAUAUAAUUGAACAAUGCUUUACCGAGUUGUGUGUGCUGAGUCACGAGAUCAUCAGUUUUGGCUACAUAUCGAAAAAAGCUUAACAUCAAUAUGUUCGUGAGUUCCUGCUUGUGGUCUCGAAAUUGUUCAUGAUAUAGCUUCAUGUGGGCACAUAAAAAUUAUAUGAUGUUAGAUUCAGUAACUACUCUUACUACUAUACAAACAUUACUUGGAGUAUGCAGCUCCAGUCUGCAUGGUCCCCGCACAAAUUGUGCGACGUCAGUAAACUAGAAAAAGUACAGAAAAGAGCAGCAAGGUGGAUACCAACCAAAUGGAAUAGAAUACAGUGGGAUAAGAGGAGUGUAGACAAAAUCUCAACUGGCUCCCUCCAGCUAAAUGUCAUGAGUUUCUAAUCUGAGUAUAAGAUAAUGAACAAAAUGGAUUGCCUUCAAUUUUCGGAUUUUUACUCCUACAUAUUCGUUCUCAUAGUCUUUCCUUAGUUUGUAAAGACACUAGUUUUUUUGUUAAUAGUGUUUUCCUGUGGAACUCGUUACCCGCUACAAUUGCCUAUUAUAUACUGUUGUUCAUAUACAUGUAUGUAUUUUUAAAUCUAACCUGAAGACUUACUUAUACUCUAAUUACUCUAAUUAUAGUCUGUAUUAGUUUCCUUGCUUUGUUUUGUAGACUUACUAGAUUCACUUUAUUUACGUGUUUUGUCUGUGUAAACAAUUCAAUAUUCACUUUUGUUUCUAAUUAUACGCAUGCACGCGCAUACACGAGAAUUGUGUAAUAAGGCCAGGCAAAGUAGAUUAUUAGUUUCUCACUAACAAAUUUACUAUUGAAUCCACCCACGCGCAAACGGUGGUUACCAGGCCCUCUAGUGAGAGGGGCUGGGAUUGAGGCUAUUACUGAUGAUACAAUUUCUGGUUUGUGUAAUGAAUAUCAUUAUAAUGUUGCAAUUUCAGCAUAAUGAUAAUGACCCAUAAUUUACAAAAAUCAUGUGAUAAUUAUGGGAAACUACUAUAUAUAAUCUACUAUACUAACUGUAAAGUAAACAUGAAAUGAGUUUCAUGCAGAGUUCAAGUCAGGACAGAUACUUACAACUGCCAUAAUUAUAGUUGGAUACUCUGAACUACUAUAUAGAGUAAUCCUGGUAUUAGAAUCAAGUUGUAGCAGUUCUACUAUAGGCAAUCAUUUUCAUCGAAUAUCGAUAAGUUUUGGUGGGACCCUUAAUUUGUGCAGCUCUCCACAUCUGUUUUACAACUCAGUCUCCUGUACUGCGUGUAGACGCAAUUUCAUGUGAUUAUUGACUGGCGACGCAUGGAACAUUGAUCGCUGCAUGACUCUAACUCGACUACAUCAGCAAGAAGAAGAAGGCCUGGGAACGAGGCUACAUUUUAAAAGAAAAAACUCAACAACAGUAAAUCAACUAAAUGAUGGCCAAUCGAACCCUUUUCGGUAAGGUGAGAUGUUAUUAUUCCUGGUUUUGCUUGGAAUUUCUAUGGUUGCAUGUGCUACCGUAUUUCUCAAGGGCUUAUAUAAAACCCUUGACGUAUAAGCCCUUAACGCCGUUCACAAUUGAAAUAGCAUCGGCUCGGUUUCUCUAUCUAACGCAAACAGAGAACUGUAUACCAACUUAUUUAAAGUCUCCUGAAGUGAUUGGAGACUCUGACGCUUGUCAGUGUGAUGUAAUCAUCUUGAGUUACAAACAGAAGUGCGCUGACACAUCAUUGCAUCACGUCCAAUACAUAUUCAACUCUAGUAAGUCUACAACUUGGACUGUUGGAAGAAACUUGCUUUACGAAGCAGCCAAAGAAAGGAAAGAAAAGUACAUGUACUACAUUUUCAUACGAUGAUCUUGAACUGAAAAGUAUGAUUAAAAAUAGCGCACAUAAUCCAUGGAGAAUGUAUGAGAAGUCUCUCAAGACCUUUCAACCCGCUGUAGUUAUCAUCCCCCUAGAUAACGAGUAUAGGGGUUUCUCUACGGAAAAUUUGUCCGAGGGGGUGAAUUGUGAACUCACAGUAUACGUACAAAUAUACCACAUGGAUGCUAUUCUUAACGCCUUUCACUAUCAAGUGAUGGACCACAUACUUCCAUACACACCAAAAUACGAUUCGGUGAGCUGGUGGUACUCACAAUUGUUUACUAUGAUCAGGUGCAAUAUCCUAUUUAAUGGAGAGGUAGUUAUCGACCCUCGUCUUAGAAUACGAAACCCAAAGCAUCGCAGUUACCCACGGACCCUUCUUACCCAUGAUAUCUACCAAAAUAUUGUCGUUGACAUUCGACCAGAAAUACCAGACAAGUAUCAAAAUUCAACGAAGCCCAUUUUACAGCAAUGGUCAACAGAUCAUAACUCAAAGUGGAAGUUGGGCCGGCAAACUUGCAAACGUGAUUUGUCUGUGCAUCCAUAUAGACCUUACGAGAAUCUGGCUUAAAAUUAUAAAUGUUAAUAGAUCAAUAUUUUUGUAUCGAGUCAAUUAAUGUAUGCGUGCUCAAAGUUAUGUGAUAAUCAUCGUAUUAUAUUUACCCGAGGUGUGCGUGGGAGGCCACGGGUAUAGUAAUAGCUGUGCUCUACUGCAGAGACAACUAUACUAAGUAGAAUAGCUACAGAUUUUUCUACGCAAGUUGCUACGCUAAGUCUGAACUGAAACUAUAAAAAGACUUCAAGAUGGCCUCUAAGCGAGUUUUAAAAUCCACCGGUCAAAAUUUCCCAAAGUUGCUCAAAGCCUAUAUAGAAGCUAUCACGCACUUGCACCUGCAUUGCAACGGUAUAGAGCAGUUACACCCCUAUAUACAUGCGUGCACACGCACACACACACACACACACACACACACACACACACAAACACACACAGAACAAACUACACUACCAUAUACCCCACUGUGAAUGCAAUUUUAUAUAUACAAUGGAUCAAUGAUAUAACUUGUGCAUGUGGCAGUGUAAGCCAGAGGAGGUCCGACAUGCCUGCAUUUCAGCCGAAUAGGGGUGAACGACACUUAAUUUAUUGAGAAUAGCAAGAAUUCAAUAUAAUCACAGUUCAUAACAGUUAAAGAUGGAGUCUCUAGAUUACGGUGACUAUAAUGGCAAUGUUACUCAAGAGUUUCCGUAUUGGCAACCACUCGUAGCUAUUGACAUCAUCCUUUAUUUAGCAGUAAUACUCCCGUCGACACUAUUCUGGAAUCUCACUGUCUUCACAGCCUUCAUUAAGAGCAAGCUCGGCAAAAAGCCUCUAACGGUGCUAUACAGUUCUUUGUUAUUGAUGCUUUGUGUGGACAAGAUUGGUCAAUGUAUAAUAUCCGUAACAGUCACACCAGACUUGCUUAGUUGUACAUGCAACGUUAUAACAAAUUCCAUAAUCAAAGCGUUUGGUACAUUUUCCACUGUUUUUUCUGUGCUGAUAAUUACUUGCCAGAGCUUGUUACAGCUACAAAUCAUCAGAGGGAAGAAACAAUGGAACAGCUACAGAAGGAUCAUCCCUUGCAUCGGAGUAAGUUUUCUGGCUGGAAUGUUUUGGUUCACAGUGCUACUGAUUCCGCAGAUCCUUCUACCAGCGUCAUCAAAUCCUUGCCAGCCAUUAUGCAUACAGAAUACUACAUUAAUAACUUCAAGUGAUCCUGAAAACAUAACUUCAGGAGCAUAUUUUGUGUCUACACUGCUUCCAGCUUCUGUCAUAGUCAUAGCAACAUCAGUUUGGUCUGUACAGCUAUUUAAGAAAAUGUCCGUCAGGCAAAAAAUCCAAGAAUACCGACACUUGAACAGAAAACUACUGCUAAUGCCUAUUUUGAUGGUGUUUAUCGUCUUAUGCAAUGGACUAUUAGGUUAUUUGUUUGGCAAAGCAUUUUCUGAAGUUUUAAAGUUAGUAGGAGUGAAAGAUUACCUUGGAAACUGGGCCAGUUUCGCAGAAGGUGUGACAUUUGCUUUUAUCAGCUGUUUACACGGAGUGUCCUACCCAAUCAUACUGCUCUAUUUCAACACCAAGUUGAGAAAGAACUGGACAGAACAGCUUUGUACUCGGAAGUCAAACAGAGUGCACUCGGAAAUGACUAUUAUCACAGUAGUAGGAAAUGCUAGCACUAAGCAUGAAGGCUCAAACACAUCGAAAACUGUUUUUAACUAGCUAUAGUAAUAAUUAAUGAAGCUACCCUACAUGCUGUCUUUAACCCAAUCAUUAAUUAAUUUUAAGCACCAUGAUAGAUAUUAUGUAUAUUGGUUGCACAUAAAUGACAUACCAGUGUAGGGGGUAUAUAAUAGCAACCACAUGUGCGCUACUAUAUGCACACAGAGCCGAGUUGCCUCACCUUCCAUCAUAAUUAUACAGUAGCCUUAAGUAACGAGCACGUACUCAAAAAGGUUCUUGACUAACUAUAGUUGGGCGAAGUCCAACCGACACGAAGCAUAUAUAGUGUGCAUGUUUGUUCCAUUGCAGAAAAUGUGCAUCCUAUAAUCAUAAUUAUUGCUACUUUCAAAAGUGAGAAACCUUGCAGCUCAGAUCUAUACAUGUAGCUGAAUGGCGAGGCGUGCUGGCUUACUGUAUUUCUCCAGAGAUGCUGCCAAGGCUACUAUAAAAGAAGCAUGGUCUACUUAGUAAUCUAUGAAUGAAACUUGAACAGUUGUAAUUAAGUCAUAGAUUGUUUGUGAUUUUGUAUUUAAGAAGGACUUGUCUUUGUUUUGGGUUUUGGGAGCUAGUGCUGUAGGAUUAAUUUGGACAAACCUUUGCUAUAAUUAUGUGUGCCUUUCCUGGUCUCAGAAAAAUGUUUCCAGAAACUCUAUAUAAAGGGUCGUCUUAUAGCUGGUUGUAUACCUCUCCGUGUGCUAGAUCUAGAAAUCCAGUUUGUUUUCUGCCUCUACUAAAUCCUAUAUAUAAUUAUUAUAGAAAAUAUAGAGUCAAGGUGUAUACAGAAGUGAAAUGGCACACAUAAACACAGAAUCGCUUAAAUGAACCGAGUGUUGGCAAAGGACUCCCUCAGAGAAGCAAACACAUUCCUCACCAGAGUAGUUAGAGCAUGCAACUCCAGAGCUUGUCAUUCGACACAUGACCCUCAAUUUUUCUGUGGUUAGGAAUAAUUCCCGUUUAUUGCAGUAUCAACGAAACCAUAUGGGGCUAAAGUACAAAACAAACUCAAUCGUCCCCCAAUCCAAGUAACACCAUACACAACAGCAAGAGUGGUAGUGGCAGUGGCGGGCCGGGAGUGCAUGCACCUGCCAGUACUAACCGAAGAUGCAUCAGACAUCUUAGGAAGAUCACAUAUAUGCCUGGUUUAUCUUCUUCACAAUGCAGGAACGUGUCCAGUAACAGCAACAAACGAAACACCAGCCUUGCAUGAAAGCUUACAAUGACAUCAUGUCUCCCAAUCAUUCAACUUGAGCAUGUUCGCAAAAGUAGAAUUCCAAUUCCCCAAUGCUCAACAAGCAAUACGCCUGCAUGGCACUCACCUACAGUUGCUUGCAUGCAUGAGGACAACAAUGAAGUUUAAUCUCAACAACUAACACAUCACCGAUACCCUCAUCGAUCAGGACACCCCGGCCCAUGAUCGAUUUAUGCAAUAUGUACCACAUGGUAUAAUAUUGUUGAUGUAGUCUGGGACAGAUUUUAUUUUUUAGAGGGGAACAAUGUAACAAUGUAAUAAUGCUAAUUGGAUCUAUAUAGUGCGCAUGUGCAGAGCUCAGUUGCGGCUUACCAUUCAUGUAGAUCUAUAGGUGCCAACAUACACAAACAAAACAAAUUAAUGAACACAUUCUCCUUUAUCAGAGAUAUGCAUUUUGGGGAAAAGUCUGUUACUUUCAUAUUCAGGAGCCAUGCAGAAUACAAUAUUGUUUGUUCUCGCUGCAUCGUUUUCAAGUUAUUAGUUACAGCUCGUGAUCAGAACACAAAAUGAAGUAUUUCUAUUCCAAAGGAGCCUUCCUGGUUUUGAUAUGGAUGUGUCUACUAGGUAUUACGAGCUGGUCAUACUUCAAGAUGUAUGAUACACUGUUUCAAGGAAUAGAGGAUGUCGGUAAUUACUCUCAGUUUGGUUUAGUGCCCAUUAUUCCCCUUUUGUUUCUUGCUCCGUUUGCUGGCUGGUUGGCAGAUGCAAGGUUUGGAAACUUCAAAGUGUUCAGAGCUGGGUGUUAUCUGCUGUUCAUAGCUUCCCUAAUGGCGUGUAUAAGUGUGUUAAUAUUGGAGAGCUCUGAGCUCAAACAGAGUACCAUGUUACUACACUUCAUAAGUGGUGGAGUGGCUCCAAUAGUUUAUGGAAUCUGGAUUAUUGGAUUAAUAGCUUGUUUUGUGACUGCUCUAGAAUUAGGCCUGGAUCAAAUGCCUGAAGCCUCCACUAGCAACACUACUAGCUUCAUAGCAUGGUUUCAAAUAUCUCUGUCAACUGGAUUGUGGAUUUCAGAUUCACUUCAUACAAUACUACUUGAGUGUACUACUAACAGCUGGAUGGUACAGUUGAUGAGUUCUUUGCCAAUUAUCUGCACAUCCAUUAGUUGCUGUACAAUGUUUCUCCUCGCCAAAAAAUGGCUAGUUAUUGAGCCAAACACGACUAAAGCCCUCAAAACUAUCUACCAAGUUCUCAAGUUUGCAGCUAAGCACAAGGCUCCUAUUUAUCGCAGUGCUCUCACAUACUGGGAGGAAAACGUACCCUCUAGAUUAGACCUAGGGAAGACAAAAUAUGGUGGACCAUUUACUACAGAGCAAGUUGAGGAUGUGAAAACUUUCUUCAAGAUUCUCAUUGUUCUUACACCACUAGUAGCUGUAUUUUCGGCUACUACAUCAAUUCAAACCGUAUGGUAUUGGGACCACACAAACAGCAGCUGUUCUUCUGUGUUGAUAUAUGGCUUUGGUUAUAGUCCAUGGUGGACUGGAAUCGUUACAAUGAUAGCGUACGAGAUCAUUAUCUACCCAUUUGUGAAAAACAGACUACCAUCAACUCUCAAGCGAAUUGGAUUUGGGUCAUUUUGUGUAUUGCUAAGUAACACUGCAUACUUUAUCAUUAUCGCUAUUGAAGAAUUUCAUUAUGGAGUAAACAUCACCAGUGGAAGAUCUUGGCUAUACAUGAUAUACUGUGCAUUCUUUGGCGUUCUUAGUAACUUCACGAUCCUUGUUAUGUUUCAGUUUGUAUGUGCACAGUCACCAUACAGAGUUCGUGGGUUGCUAGCUGGCUACGCUAUUUGUUUAUUUACUGUAUCAAUUUCUCUUGGAAUUAUUGUAUUGUUCCUGUUUAACUAUAUAUGUGAGUCACAGUACUGCUCCCUGAUUCAGGCAUUAUUUUCUAUCAUAUUGGCUUUGAUUGGAUUCAUCAUGUACUGCCUCCUGGCUCGCUGGUAUAAGUGGAGAGUUAGAGACGAGGACUACAAUGCACACAGAGUGGUGGAGGAGGUUUAUAAUCGAUAUCUUGCAAGUCCAACAAUUAAUUAAUAAUUUUGCACUUCUGGCCUUUAGUUUUAGCAAUUUACAAAGUAAUUAUAGCUUAUCGAAUACUGACUCACUGGUGUGGCUUAGCUAUGUGUGUGUAAUUUAAUAUGAGAGUUUGUCAAUGCACAGAUCAAAAUGUACGUAUUGAAAGAAAACCUAUGCACACGAGAUCAAUUCUUACCAGAUCAACUUUGCAUGAGGUCAACUCAGUAGAUCAACCUCAUAGUCAACUCAAUUACAAUCCGACUAGAAAAACAUGCUAGGAUUGGCCGGGGGAACCACCAAAAAGCGUGGAAACAAGAAAUCAGACGAGAGCAUAACUCCAAUCCAUUACAGCGUCAUGAACAUGUACAAUAUACAUUAUAUAAACUGUGUUUCAGAUCCAUCUACCAGCUUCCAUCCACCACAUUAUUCCAUGCAGGUCACCAGUAGACUGUACUGCAUGUCACUACGCAAGGAUGGACUGUGUGUACCUGUGCUCAACACUGCAUGUAUUAGGAACAUCAAUUCAUCACAAAUCAUCAUGAUUAUCCAACAAAAAAAACAUUUGCAAUGUUAAAAAUUGCUAGGAUUGGCCAGGGGAACCACCAAAAAGCGUGGAAACAAGAAAUCAGACGAGAGCAUAACUCCAAUCCGUUACAACGUCAAUCACACGUACUGCAUGGUAGUUUUCCAUCCCGGCCAAUAUACCACGCAAUUUUCACUGGUGGGGUGAUGACCGAUCCCUAUAUAUUUAUUAUACAUCCAUUUUGGAAUAUGCGGGCAUAUAAUCAUGAUGACUUGUGAUGAAUUGAUGUUCCUAAUACAUGCAGUGUUGAGCACAGGUAGUCCAUCCAUGCGUAGUGACAUGCUAUCCCAAAGAACACAAUACCGUAUAUACAGCGUGUACAUAAUUAUUAUGUUUCGAGGGUAUAAAUGUUUACGGUUUUCGCUGAUUAAGCAUGGAUCGCGAACAUUACACCCACGAAUUUAGUAUCGCAUGGCAUGCAUGCUGAAAUACGCGAAAACUUUUCUAACCGUCAUUCCGCAAAAGUUUAUAUAUACUCGCUAUACGGUAUGCAUGUGCAUGUACUACAAUAAUAACAGUAUCACAAUAACAAUGUAUAACAGUAUAGUGAAGAAUGAAUAACUAUAAUCAUUAGAGCAAAAACAUGUGAUGACAGUAGCGAUAAUAAAAAAGACAGUAGAUUAUCUACCAAGCAUGAUGAUCGAAAAACGAGCUUAUUCUUAAAACUGCAAAGAUACACGUCGGAUGGUACUUCGAGGGUACUUCCAUUUCCAAUCCCUUUCUUCUAUAUAUAUAUAUCCAUGCAUGGUGUCACACAAAUCUGUGCAUGUGGGAGAGACAGCUCUAUUGCCAGUUCGAUCAUUACAAAGUUAUAUCCGUUCGCCAUGUGCGACAGGGGGAAUGCUCCAUGAGCAUCUUGUUGUACUCUACACUUCUAAACUCUUGCACAAAUGUGUGCACCAUAGGAAUUUGAACUAAUAUAGUCGCGCAGCCAUUAAAGUUUGUGCUUGUACGUCACAUUUGGUACAUUCCUGAACUACUUUGGAAGCAAAGGAAUUAUAGACUUUACCACACCCUUUUGAAAUAUUAGCAGCAUACGGGUAAUAUAUAAUUAAUUAUGCACACCUGUAAUUUAUAAGAUCCAAAUUGAUUCUGUGUUGGACCACAAACCUGUGAAUGCAUGCAUGCAUGUAUGUUUAAUUAUUGUCAGUGCAUGGGUCAACACAAUAUAUAUAAUUAUGUCUCUUUGUUUGUUUUUAUGCAGUUUGUAAGUACGUACAUAUAUACAUGUAUGUUGAUAGUUCAAAAAUCACAAUGUACACAAUCAUAAUAGGAUUCAUAUAUAUCAUUUCUUAUCUCUAUAAAAUGUCUAUAAUCUCUGUAUCAAUAAUUAUUAGCACAAAUUACAAUCAAAUUUGCAAAUGUGAAUGGUGGGUACCU